AUGCUGUAUGAGAUCUUCAACGCCGUUGGGCCAGUUGCGUCCAUACGUGUUUGCCGUGACGCGGUGACUCGCAAAUCAUUUCGGUACGGCUACGUCAACUUCCACAGUGUUGCUGAUGCUGAGCGCGCGCUCGACACGCUGAACUACAUGAGCAUACGCGGCCGAUCGUGCCGCAUCAUGUGGAGUCAGCGUGAUCCAACGCUGAGGAAGACAGGCGCUGGAAACAUCUACGUCAGCAAUCUUGACAAAAACAUUGACAACAAGGCUCUUUACGACACCUUCAGCCUGUUUGGCAAUAUCUUGUCAUGCAAGGUGGCAUCUGAUCCCACUGGCAAGUCUCACGGCUAUGGCUUCGUGCAUUACGAAUCAGCUGAUGCGGCGCAACAGGCCAUUGAGCGCGUCAAUGGCAUGAUGAUCGGCGAACAGCAAGUCAAGGUGUGCCUCUUCCAGAAGCGCGAUAGGGAAGCUGAGAAGGAGAACUACACGAAUCUGUACGUGAAGAGCUUUCCCUCUGAUUGGGACGAAGAGAAGAUCAAGGAGACACACCGGAAGACUACACUGCAGCAAGAUCAGCAAGCCUAA